AUGGUUUGUGCCCAGUGCACCUUGGGAGCCAGCUCAGCUCCAACCUCGACGGAAUUCUCCCUGAAGCUGAGAUUCGAGAGCUAGACAUUUCCACCCUUUGCGUUCGCUGGCCACUUAUCUCAAUUCCCGUUCGUUGACCAUACAUAUAGUAUCAGACAUGCUGGUGUGAUCCUACAGCUCUCGACAGAAUUCGCCCUUCAUCCCUCCCAUUUCACCAAUUCCCUUCGCACGGUCGACGGCGUUUUUACCCAGAAAAUGGGAGGGCUACUGUUGCUGCUCUUGCUGAGCGCGGUAAUGGCCUUGGCGUCCUUCUUCGCCGGUUCAUUACCACUCGCCAUAGCCCUCACUCAGUCGCAACUUCGCUUGAUAUCCAGCGUGGGCGUCGGCAUCUUGGUUGGAACAUCCAUGAUUGUGAUUAUACCCGAAGGCAUUGAAGCUGUCACAACAACUGGUGGACACUCGCAUGCUAAAAGGAGCUUGCUGGAUGCGGCAGGCAAGCAAGGGAUUCUCGGUGUGCGGUGGGCGGCAGGCGACAACGUCCCACAAGUAGCAACCGCCGCAGGGUCUACGAGGAUGGAGGAGGAGCUCCAUGCCCUCGCCCACGAUGCCGAGGUCGUUCCAACGCUGCGCAGUCGAGAGGAGCAAGACGAACACGGCCAUGACCAAGACAACGACCACGACCACAACCACGACGACGACCAGCCUCAGAAGAGCGCCCCAGGCCCCGAACCCCACCAUAACGAAGAAAAUCACAACGAGGUGCCGACGUUCUACAUCGGUCUGUCCAUGAUUCUCGGCUUUGUCCUCAUGUUCUUAAUCGACAGACUGCCACGGCACGCGACGGACCGGAUGCAGUCCGAGCCGCAGAUGCGCCACGUCAGCCUGGAUAACCUGGGCGGGUCAGCGAGUAUCGGUGGCGAGGAGACGGAAGGCUUCCUCGGCACCCUGGCGCCUCCGCCGAAGCAGUCACGAAGCCUCGCAACAACGAUUGGUCUGGUCAUCCACGCCGCGGCAGACGGCAUCGCUAUGGGAGCGUCGACCUCGACAUCCAAUACCAAGCUGGGGUUGAUCAUCUUUGUCGCCAUCAUGGUGCACAAGGCUCCAGCAGCGUUUGGGUUGACAUCGGUUCUCCUCAAGCAGGGGCUAUCGAAGCGGACGGCGCGGGGGCACCUCAUCGUCUUUAGUCUGGCUGCGCCUUUCGGGGCUCUCAGCACGUGGGCGAUUAUCAGGAUCCUGGGCGGCGGCAACUUUGAGGGGGAGUCGGGUCAGUGGUGGACCGGCAUGCUUCUGCUCUUCUCCGCCGGAACUUUCCUUUUUGUCGCGAUGCAUGCCAUGCAGGAAGACGGCAGCUCCCCGAAGCAUGAACACAGUGGGAUGAACGGCUACUCGGAAGGAGGCAGCGUUCAGCGAGGACAGCAGCAGCCGCAGAUGCGUGAUACCUUUGCGACGGUUGCCGGCAUGCUCCUGCCUCUCCUCACGCAGUUUGGACACCACCAUUGAGCAAGACUCGGCGGAAAGUGUGACUGCAAGUCCGGCAUCAGAAGCCCAGCUGACAGACAGUGUCCGGGCACCUUUCCCUGUACGAGUGUAAAUCAAGACUUCGAUGAAGCCAGGUCCUCCUGGUACAUGACGAUGAUGAUUGUAUAGACUUCCGUGAGUUGGGUUCCCUCCCCACUGGACCUCAAAAAGUCCAGACGGUGUAUUUUUAAAAUUCUAUCUGUGCU